AUGGGAAAACGUGGUGCCGGUGCCGAUUCCGGUGCUGCCAAGGCAAAGGCUUCGAAGGUCCCACGUCGCAACUCGACCGACGAGGUGGACUCUCAGGUGGCCAAGGCCUUGGUCGCAGCAGAGGCAAUACCCUGGUGGGGGGAUGCGACACUACUGCUUGAGAAGAUCCUAGGCAAUCGGGGGGCUGCCCACUUUUUUGAGACUAAGUUCCCGAAUGUGGAGGCCCGGAAAGCCCUGGCUGAGAGGUUCUUGCAAGCCUUUCCCCUGCCAAGCUCCCAGACCCUCUCCUCCGAUCUGAGCAGCGGUGUCAAGACUUUGCAGUUUUGGCAGACAUGCUGGCAUCCGCAAGGCGGGAACCGUGGCAUGGCCAGCAACGACGUGUUCAGUAGCCUGGUGCAGUUAAUCCUCUUGCAGGGCUUCAAAACAGACGCCUCGCUGCUGGCUGGAACGGAGUACCCUGUUCUGCAAGCAGUUCAGCCGGUAUACUUCGAUUCUCCUUGGGACACCCCCGAGUUGGUUCCAAACACCAUGGGCUUGAACUCCGUGGCCCUGCUCAAGGGCUGGACAAGAUGCCUUGCCAUGACAACCGCCGCCUUUAUCAUCACCGAGCUCAACGUGGUGGAUUACUACAAACAGCAGCUCCCCGAGCAGUACCAGAGCUAUUGUGUCAUGAAAGGCAUGGUGCCAUCUGGUGGAGGGGGGUCCGAGAUUGAUCGCAUCGCCGCACACCGGGACAUCACCAUGGCCUCCGUCGUGACGAGAACGGCUCCACACUGCUUUAAUACUCUGCAUCAACUCUAUCGCAGAGUGCGGCAUGGCGAAACCAUCGAACAGGUGGUGAAAGCCUACGAAAAUCCGAAGUCCGUCAGGUCGGUCCUAGGCAUGGGACCCGCCGAGUCCCAAGCUGUGGUGAACCUUGUGCACUUCAUCCCGGUCGGGGCGAAGGAGAUCCUCACACAAGCAGCCGUGGAAUUUGGCAUGAAGAAAGGGGUCUUGAGCCACGCCGGACUGGGCUGCUUGGCUAUGAGAGUGGGCCACUGCUUGGACAGCACGGUUCCGGAUUGGAAAGAACGCUUAUGCUUGACAAGCAGCUCAGUCCUACUCACCUGCCGCCGACUGGUGGAGGACUACCGAGCACAAGCUGCAGGCAUGAGGAAAACGAAUGGCCCAAACGAGGUUGCAAGAAUGAGCAGGAUCUGCAAGGUUUGGGAGGUCGUUCUUGCCGAGCUCCGGACCCAGUUGACCACCGAGCAGUACGGGAAUUCCGAGAAGAACCUGCACAAGGCUUUCGAGACCGGUGCAUUCGAUGAUCAGCUGUACCAGAUGGCUGUGGAAUGCCCCGCGACAAUCAACCUACAAGACAUCCCCGACAUUGCCGUGCUGCUGCAGACCCAUGCCAGCGAGAUCGAGAAGGCCGCGAUUGCCAAGUCGAAGGCCCUUCAAAUCCAAGUGGAAGCCGCCACGUUCAACAAGAUGGAAAACGAUCUCUCGGAUGACAAGGACAAAUUGCUGGACUGGGCCAAGAAGGAACACCAGAGGACAGCUACAGCUGCCAGUGUCGUUCUGAGUCACCAGCGAAAACGGUACAUCAAAGGCCUGGCCGCCGUCGAGGCUCACAUGGAUUCCUGGCUGCAAGUGGUUACUGCCCCUCAAUCCGAGUGGGAGAUGAAGGUGGCCGAGUUUCGCAAGAACGUUUUUGAGAGAGUUGGGGUCGCUGCAGCAAAAAGGUUCUUGCUCCUGGUGGUGGACCUGUCUAUCACGCCGACCAAUGGCGAAAUCGACGAGAUUGUGAAGUUCGCUGCAAGCAUGCUUCACGCCAGUGGCCAGAAUGCACUCUUCUACCUGCUCCCUCAGCAGUACAACAGGAACCAAGCAAUGACGGCAGUCCUUUCGGGGCAACGCCGAAUCGAGGACAAACUCCUCGCAGCGGGGAUCUGUGUGGAGAACCCCAUUGGCAUCCAUUACCACAUCGACGGGAUGCACGCCAGCGACAGACGCCGCCUAGCAGCACAAGCUCGCCUAGCCGUGAGUUCCAAAGUUCACGCAGAUGGCUGGCUACAGUCUGCAGUUUCAAGGGGCAAGAUAGACGGGGUACCGUUGGUCAGGGUCCGCGAAAUGAAAAAAUUGAGCAUGCCCGGCUCGGUAUGUUCACAGGAUUCUUGGGAGCUCUCUCCACAAGAACGUCUCCUGCAGAGAGGGCCCGAGGCAGCAGCCGCCAUCCUCGAGAACGUCAUCAAGGACACCGUUGUCACUGGAUCCGAUUCUGUGCUGACUGUCGUGGAGGCAAGAAUGGCUCCAAACUGUGCAGACUGGGCAGAGGGAGUGUUGCAGCUCAAGGACAAGUGGGCUACGCAAAGCGACAAACCGGUCCUGUCCUACAUCGGCUUGUGCAAGGACACGAAUGCAGUGAGGCCGCACUUGCAGACUCUUCUCAUGCAGCAGUGGUGGCCUCAGCAGCCGCAAGCUGGACCGCCGGAGCCAACUUCGCAACCUCUGGAGUUUCCAGAGGUCAAGCUUGCGACUUUUCAGGAUGGAGUUCCCUCGCUACCGCCCAUCGUUGUUUCCAAGUUCGACGGCAACGAGACCUUUUCGGACAAAUGGAAUGCUUUGGUCGCUGACUUCAGGCAAUGCAUCAAAGAUCAAGUGAUUCCCAGGAUCGCGGUUUCGAUCCCGAGCCCCGGUGCUGCUCAGUCUCAGUCGGCUAGUGGUGGCCCUGGUGGGCCCGACUUCAGCCACCCGCCUUUCGUGCCGGAGCCCUCGAGAGUUAUCUUCCCCAACCAGCCCGCUGCCGAGUUCAACUUGGACAAUGUGCUGUUCUCCGUCAAGGGCACAAAAACUUUGCCGGCUAUGCACAUCACGAAGGACUGGGAGCUCUACUUGAGUGUGGAGGCCACUCUGAGCUUGGAGCCCUCGGAGAUCUGUGGAUUCAACGUGGGGGACCUGUUCAAAGGCACGCUUCUGCUUGUUUCAUUAAGACCCCUGAACCCUUAA